UUGUUCCUUGAUAUGAGAAGCUGGGGAUCUGGGUCUCUGGGGCGGCCUCAUAAUUGAACACCAUCAGAGCAACUCACUCGUUACGUUGUCGUCGUCUCACUGGGCAACCUCCUGCUCUUCCCACCAUCUGCAACUUCAACUUUUACAAGUUUCAAGUUGAAGGUCUUAAUGCUGAUUCACUGAUGGAUAAAUGGGAGCUGCUUCGAUAUCCUUGUUAGUUGUUACUCUAAUAGGUGAUCUUCUUGCUGGCCUAUUGUCAUUGUGACAUGGUUCAUCUCAAGGAUCUAGGAAUUCCAUGGAAGAACACAAGAUUUUCAUUGGUCAGGAGUUUCCUGAUGUCAAGGCUUUCCGAAAUGCAAUUAAAGAGGCUGCUAUUGCACAGCACUUUGAGCUACGUGUAAUCAAAAGUGAUUUAAUUCGUUAUAUUGCAAAAUGUUCUAUUGGAGAUUGUCCAUGGCGUAUCCGUGCUGUAAAGAUUUCGAAUUCCUCCAAGUUCACUAUACGAAGUUUGGAACCUACACAUACAUGUGGUUGCGAUGCUCAGAAUGGGCAUCAUCAGGCUUCUAUUGAUUGGAUUGUGCGUUUCAUAGAGGAGCGCCUGCGGGAUAAUAUAAAUUACAAGCCAAAAGAUAUAUCACAUGACAUUGAAAAACAAUAUGGGAUAACAAUACCUUACAAGCAAGCUUGGCGUGCUAAGGAACGGGGACUUGAAGCAAUUUAUGGCUCUUCUGAAGAGGGAUAUUGCCUUCUUCCUUCCUUCUGCGAUCAGAUAAAGAAAUCAAAUCCUGGAACUGUUGCUGAGGUUUAUACUGCUUGUGCAGAUAAUCAGUUUCAACGUCUCUUUGUUUCUUUUUAUGCAUCCAUUUUUGGGUUCCUGAAUGGUUGCUUACCCAUAGUAGGGCUUGGUGGGUUACAGCUUAAGAGCAAAUAUCUUGGGACCCUAUUGGCAGCCACUUCUUUUGACGCUGAUGGCGGGCUGUUCCCCCUUGCUUUUGCUGUUGUUGAUAUGGAUAAUGAUGAGAGCUGGAUGUGGUUCUUGUCAGAGUUACAUAAAGCGCUAGAGAUGAAUACUCAGAGUAUGCCACAAUUUACGUUUUUGUCAGAUGGAUCAAAGGGUAUAGUAGAUGCUUUAAAUCGAAAGUUCCCUAGCUCAUUUCAUGCUGUUUGCAUGCGUCACUUGACUGAAAGUAUUGGCAAGGAGUUCAAAAAUUCCAGACUUGUCCAUCUUCUCUGGCAAGCUGCUUAUGCAACUAGUAUACUUACUUUUAAAGACAAGUUGGCAGAAAUUGAGGACAUGUCUACUGAAGCAGCCAAAUGGUUGCAAAAGUAUCCUCCUCAUAGUUGGGCACUUUUGUAUUUUGAUGGGAAAAGAUAUGGACAUUUUUCCUCAAAUGUUGAGGAAUUCAAUAAAUGGAUUACAGAAGCAUGCGAACUGCCUGUUAUCCAGGUGAUUGAGAAGAUUUACAGCAAACUGACAACCAUGUUUGAAGAGCGAUGUUCUAAGAGUAAGUCAUGGACAUCAGUUUUAGCCCCCUCUGCUGAAAAACAGUUGGAAGAAGCCGUUAACUUGGCGUCCUCUUACCAAGCCCUUCAGUCUGAUGAAUUUGAAUUUGAAAUCAUAUCAGCUGACCGAUCAGAUAUUGUAAAUAUUGGAACUCAUUGUUGUUCAUGUCGGUAUUGGCAGCUAUAUGGAAUCCCAUGUUCCCAUGCAGUUGCAGCGCUUCUUUCUUGCAAAAAAGAUCCAUAUGCUUUCGUAGUAAAAUAUUAUACUGUUGAGAACUUUCGGGAGACAUAUAUGCCCAAAUUGCACCCUAUCCCCAGGAAAAUUGAAUUGAAGAGACCUGGCCAGAUUCUGGUAAAUGAAGAGAUGCAAGUUGUCCGACCACCCAAGUUCCGUCGCCCUCCGGGAAGGCCCGAGAAAAAGAGAAUUUGUACCUAUGAUAUAAACCGGGAGAAGCAUGCUGUUCGCUGUAGUAAGUGUAACCAAACAGGGCAUUACAAGACUACUUGCAAAGUAGAGUUUGCAGAAAGGUUGUAAUAUUAUAUCUCUCUGUAUAUUACUAGAAAGCUUGGCUAUAGCAAGGAUAUAACAUAAUUGGCCUCUUUAUUGGCUAUGGUGACACUAUCGAUCUGUAAAAAUCUGCACAUAAUUAAUGAUUAGGAUGUUCAUACGAUAGUGGUAGUUAUUUUUAUCUU